GGAGACAGCCCCGCGAAGGGAGGCGCGAGGGGACCUGUCCUCUUCCUGCGGGCCUCUAGGAGAAGCAGCUUGUGUCCCAGGGCCCGGAAUAAAGAACCCCGGACCUGGUCUGCUGGGCGCCAGGAUCCCGCAGGCAAAGGAGCUCAGACACUGGACCCUAAGGAUGCUGAUAGGGACACUCUGACUCAUUAAGGGAGAGCUGAGUGUCAGCAGAGAGGGGAGACAUCAACCUCCCAGAGGAAUUCCCAGCACUGUUGCUCACAGCACCACUUGGCCAGAUGGAGAUCACCAUGGGGAUCAUGGAUGAGAAUGCCACCAACUCCUCCACCAACUUCCUUUCUGUGCUCGACCCGCAUGGAGCCCAAGCUGCUUCGUUCCCCUUCAACUUCAGCUAUGGCGACUAUGAUAUGCCCUUGGAUGAAGAUGAGGAUGUGACCAAUUCCCGGACUUUCUUUGCUGCCAGGAUCGUCAUUGGCAUGGCCCUGGUGGGCAUCAUGCUGGUCUGUGGCAUUGGCAACUUCAUCUUCAUUGCUGCCUUGGCCCGCUACAAGAAGUUGCGCAACCUCACCAACCUGCUCAUCGCCAACCUGGCCAUCUCUGACUUCCUGGUGGCCAUUGUCUGCUGCCCCUUUGAGAUGGACUACUAUGUGGUGCGCCAGCUCUCCUGGGAGCAUGGCCAUGUCCUGUGUGCCUCCAUCAACUACCUACGCACUGUCUCUCUCUAUGUCUCCACCAAUGCCCUGCUGGCCAUCGCCAUCGACAGAUAUCUGGCCAUUGUCCACCCGCUGAGACCCCGGAUGAAGUAUCAAACAGCCACUGGCUUGAUUGUCUUAGUGUGGAUGGUGUCCAUCCUCAUUGCCAUCCCUUCAGCCUACUUCACAACUGAAACUGUCCUCAUCAUUGUCAAGAGCCAGGAGAAGAUCUUCUGUGGCCAGAUCUGGCCUGUGGACCAGCAGCUCUACUACAAGUCCUACUUCCUCUUCAUCUUUGGCAUCGAAUUCGUGGGCCCUGUGGUCACCAUGACUCUGUGCUAUGCCAGGAUCUCCCGGGAACUCUGGUUCAAGACGGUCCCUGGUUUCCAGACGGAGCAGAUCCGGAAGCGGCUGCGAUGCCGCAGGAAGACGGUCCUGGUGCUCAUGUGCAUCCUCACCGCCUAUGUGGUGUGCUGGGCGCCAUUCUAUGGCUUCACCAUUGUUCGCGACUUCUUCCCUAUGGUGUUCGUCAAGGAGAAGCACUACCUCACGGCCUUCUACGUCGUUGAGUGUAUCGCCAUGAGCAACAGCAUGAUCAACACCGUGUGCUUCGUGACCGUCAAGAACAACACCAUCAAAUACUUCAAAAAGAUUAUGCUGCUCCACUGGAAGGCUUCUUACAAUGGGAGUAAGUCCAGCGCGGACCUUGAUCUCAAAACCACGGGAGUGCCUGCCACCGAAGAGGUGGACUGCAUCAGACUGAAAUAACCCAAUGGACCUUUCAAAGUUUAAACACAGACGGGACCUUUGGGACACUAACCACUGUAUUUAGCUACACAUGAUCAAUUAAGAACUCUUGGUUUGCUGCAGAAGGCAGAGGAAAUGGACCACUAUGUGAACGCUGUGUGCAAGAAGCUCGAAAUUUCUAAAACCGAUGUGACUAGACACCAUCACCAGUGGCCAACAUUCAUUGAACAUCUAAUUUGUGCAGAGUAGGCACUGGUGAAGCUUAUAUACGUUGACAACAUUUAAAUGUCAAGAAGAAAUAGAGAUUAAACCAAGAAAAAUGUUGGUGCCCAGACAUUCUGGAAUAAGGGGGUUUCCAGAAGGGAGCCCAAGUCGGCAACUAGGACUGCAGUAUACAUGUGUGUAGGAUGACGGUCUCUCUGGACCAUUUCAGCCAUCCAUCAGACACUGCUGUAGCCCAUCUCUAGGAUUAUUCUUAGGCUUGAAUUGGCUCCUAACGUUUGCAGGGUUGGAACAAGAAUACAAAACAAGUUCCUGGUUCUUUCUGCAUCAUUCUCUUCUCAUCCCUCGUCCUGACCGUUCUUGUGAGGAACCUUACAUGGGUGCACACAGACACCAGUAUGCAUGGCCAAGUUCUGCCCAAACCUUCUUCCUGUACAUUGCCCUAUGGCCACCCCUUAGACCUAGGGCUGUGCCCAUACAUGGUGAGACUCAUUGUCAGGAGGAUGGACGUGGGGAAGAAAGCACACAGACCCUGAAAGCCAUUUGGACAGGGAAUUAUGGGGUUCUAGGUACCCGGAGCAAGUCAAGAAGGGGAAGCCUGGGCUCAGGAUGGUUAUGUCUUCUUGGCUCCAUGGACUUCUUGCCCCAGGGUACAGAUGGAUGGCCUCUGAAUGUAUGUGGGGCUCAGGGCAGGGGCUCAGGUUCUCUGGGUCUAAGGGUGAUAUUGCUUCCACCUCAGUUACUCUAGCUUAGACCAAUUAGGUUUUCCCUUAAGUCCUUCUCUUCCCUUGUGAAGCAUGGAAGUUUUGAAAGUAGACACAACACCUCAUGGAUGUGGCUAUCAGUCAUUUUUCCAUUCCACCAGCUUUCACCUUUAUUGGUAUGAGUUGAGGGGAAAAUGUCUUUAUCACUGGUGCCUGAGUCCCAUCAUAGUUCAUUAUUCCUCUGGAUUAAGACUUGAUUCUCUCUUAAAAUGGAGGUGCUCUUGGGAGGGAUAACCCGUCACAUUUCUAUUUCUUAGUGUGAAUGAAGUUAUGCAAUCCAGCAGCAAGUGAUGAAUUUUGGUGGUAGAGCCCUGGGCACCCAGAAAAGAAAAUGACAUGCAAACUGGGGUGGGCGGCAACAAUGAGAUUCUGUGACUCUACAGGCUUAUGGAGAGCUCGUCCCACUUUCUAAUCCACCUCCUUUGUUUGGUGUUUUGGAUUUUGGAAUUUGGAAUUUUGGAACCAGAAGAUCUGAUCCAGCUUUGGCUCUGUCACUCCUGUGGCCCUGGGUAAAGCCUCUUGGAAGGGUCGAGGACAAUACCUGUGGUAGCUGCUGAUGAGGUGGUUGUAAAGAGCCAGUGAGAUAAUAUGUGGGAAAGUUCAACCACACAGGUAAUCAGAAAAAUAGACUAAUAACUGUGCGUAAUGUGCCUGGACAAGGAAAAACUUGUUACUCUGGCUAUGUAUCCAGGAACCUCACCCUCUCUCCCUUUCAUUAUUCUUUGCGUGAAUUCUUCCCUUGCCUCUGAGCAGUGUUAUAUAUACAUUAUGUUCCUAAUGACAUGUUGGUACAAGGCAGUGACAGUUGGUGGCAGAAGCGUAAAAGGAAAUGGUAGAUUGGUCUCCAGUCAGGCGAUGAGCUCAGGGUUUUAGAAACUUUGGAAUCAGAGCAUCUUUGUGAUCAUGGAAGUAUUGAUCAUCUUCCUAUGCCUGUUCCCAGCCAGCAUGAAUCUGGGCAAUGCGAUAUUUGUUUCUCAACCUGUUUUUAUUCUCAUGAAUGUGUACAGCUAUGGAGUGGACUUGUCUUUUCCUUCUUAAAUAAGUCUAUAGCAGCACACUUAUAAUGCUAUUUAAGUGAUACCUGUAUGGAAUUUCCCCCUCCAAAUAUAGUCAACUCUUUGUUUUGGGCAGCAAAGUUAAUUUUUUUUAUAGUUACUUUAUUUCCCUGGAAGACGCAUUUCAAAAACUUAUUUAUUUCUUUCCAUUAACCAUCCAGCAGACUUACCCUACAGUUUAAUCAGAGUAGUCUUAGAGAAGAAAAACUAAUUAAAUUAUUAGCCUAAAGCCACCAUGCCUUGGAAGGCAAUUCUUAUUUUUUGUAAAAUCAUAUAUUGCAUUCUAAAAUCAGGAAAGUUAGUUUUUGGAAUAAAAAAUAAUAAAAUUCUAUAAUUUGUUGUCAUUACGUUCAUCUUUUCCAUUAGGAAUGCUAAACAAGAGGUGACUAUUAAACAGGAGCUUUUUAUUUGUGACGGCCAAUGCUCUUUCUGCCUUUUAGCCUAAAAUGUAUCAACUUUUCACUAGUUUAAUUAUCUGUAAUAUUUCUAGAUAUUGUGUCUGCUUGUGAUUUUAUAGUGAAUGAAAGUAUUGUGUUGUUAUCAAGUGAAAUAAAAAAAUAUAUAUAUCAUCAUCAA